ACCGCGGCGCCGGGGCCGGGGCCGGGGGUGGCCCGUGGCCAGCGCAGACGUGCUGGGGCCAGCGCGGCCUUUUCCUCGAUGGCCGGGCCCGGAGGGGGGGGGGCCCGGACGGGAAAACCCCCCCCCAAAGGGCGCUUCCGGCCCCGCGGCCCCUCGGAUCAAACAUUAACCGGGGGCCGGGGCCGGGGGACGCGGCCGCCGCUGCCGGGGCCACCCAGGGACCCCCCCGUGCCAUGAGCAGCAGCCAUGGGGGCCGCGGGGCUCUGCUCGCUGCUGCUGCUGCUGCUGUUGGGGGUCCCCGGGCGCCCCGAGGGGCCCCCCCCACUCUGCGACCCCCGCGUGCUGGAAUGGUUCAUCCUGGAGGCGCGCGACGCAGAGAGGGCGCUGGCCAGCUGUGGACCACACUGUGAGCUGCCCGAGGCGGUGCCUGUGCCCUACCCCGGAGUGAACUUCAAUGAAUGGCCACGGCUGGAGGCCGCGGCGCGCGCCCAGGACGUGCGCGGGGGCGUGGCCACGCUCGAGGCCGCGGUGCAGCGCGCGCGGGAGCUGCUGCCGGACCCGCGCCUGCGCCCCCUGCUGGAGCGCGCCAACAGCGCCGCGCGGAGCCUGGCGCGGCUGCUGCGGGAGAUGACUGCGCAGGUCACCCCCUCAAGCGCCCCCCCCCGGCAGUGGCAGGUCCGGAGCCUGGGCCGGCUCCUGGCUGUUCACAGCAGCUUCCUCCAUGGGAAGGUCCGGCUCUUCCUCAUGGACGCCUGUCGGCAGUGACCGACAGCAGCCAA